AUGGUUGAAAGUGGAACAACAGUGAGCAUUUCAACAUACGGUAUAAUUCUUGGAGAACUUUGUAGGAAUAAUUGCACUGAGGAAGCAAUCAUACUGUUCCACAAAUUAGGUGCAAUGAACGUGAAGUUCGAUAUUACAAUAUUCAAUACCAUGAUUGAUGCAAUGUACAAGGUUCGAAGAAGAGAAGAAGCUAACAUUUUGUUUGCUGCAAUAUCUGCCAAUGGAUUGGUACCUAAUGCUUCUACCUACAGAAUAAUGAUAACAAAUCUUUUAAAAGAAGGAUCAAUGGAAGAAGCUGAUCAUAUGUUUUCAUCAAUGGAGACGAGUGGUUAUGCUCCCAGCUCCGUUCUAUUAAAUGCUAUCAUCAGAAUGUUGUUAGAAAAAGGUGAGAUAGUCAAGGCUGGAAAUUAUUUGUCUAAAGUUGAUGGGAAGAGCAUCUCACUUGAAGCUUCAACUAGUUUGUUGAUGUGGCAUCUAUUUUCAACGGAAGGAAAAUAUCAUGAGCAAAUAAAAUCACUCCCUGAAAGGUAUCGAUUUUUCGGAGUCAGACACAGUUGA